ACGUUAUAAGUCACAAAAAAAGAAAAUGCACACAUUAAAAAGUAAGUGGAAAGAAUCAUAACAAACACUUAAUUGCUAAAGAUGAGAGGGUUGUUAUAUUAAUAUAUUAAUUAACUAGCGAGGGGCUACUGACCCCAGUGAUUCAGAUAUGUGGCGUUGUUCGUUACGUGCCCAAGACACUGAACCUGUAGACUCAAAACAUAUAAUGGUGAUCUACGUUCUUGAGAUAUAUUUUCCUUACCAGCUGCAUUUGUAUUGUUUACAUAAUGCCCUAAUUAUUAUUAAUUUAGGCAUAAUUCGUUUUACAGAUGAAUACCAGCAAAAAUGAUCUGGGGAAGGAACCGCGGGUGUUGAGCUGGCAAGGUUGUAAAUGUAAACCCUUGCCAACAAUACCAGACAAGAACUUCGCUGUCUUCAUGUUGGAAGCGAUGGCGAAGGUAGUCGAGGGAGAUGACGAAGCCAUUGCCGUGGUGGAUGCAGAGACCGGGAAGAAAAGAACUUUCUCUGAGUUGUGUGAGUUAGUGCCGAGGAUGUCGGCUGGACUGGCGGCAGCAGGGGUCGGUCUGGGUGACAGGGUAAUGUAUUACUCACUGAACCAUACAGACUACCCGCUGGUUUAUCUGUCCAUCCUGCAUCGAGGAGCAACCAUCGUUCACAUCUCUCCAACCUAUGUAGCGCUGCAAGAGGGCAUGAUGCACGCCAUGCGGCUAAGCGGUGCUAGUUGGGCAAUAGUACACGCUGAGCUGCUAGACCAGGCUGAAGCCGUCUUUUCCCUCCUGCCACCAAAUACCCUGAAGAAGGUGUGGGUGAUUGGCGGCGCCGUGGACAGGCCAGCCAUUGAAGACCUUGUGGGCCAUGCUCCGAUACCUCCAGUCACUCAGCUUGAUGGUCUAAAUCCGGCCAGUGCUGUGGCACGAAUGCCCUUCUCUUCUGGCACAACAGGACCACGCAAAGGAGUGAUGAUCUCACACUCCAACGAAGUUUCCAGGAUGAUAAUGUUCAAAUAUUUGGCAGACGUUCAAGAGUGGUUGGGUACAUCGGAGUCUACUGAUUCAACUUGUCUCCUGGUUACGUCAUUGAACCACGUAUACGCGCACUUCUUUCUUUGUGCCUCCUUGAUGUUUGGCAGGAAGGUUGUCCUUUUACCUCAUGUUAGCAGCAGCGCCAUGUUGAGGACAAUACAGGAUCACCAGGUGACUUUGGCAAUCUUUACUCCACUCCAUCUGAAAAUGAUCGUAGAAUCACCGGCCUGCGAGGAACAUGACUUGUCCUCCCUGAAACUCGUCACUAGUGGUGGAGUUUCCCUUUCAGAGCACGUUCUGAAGGAUUUCAAAAAAAAGGUGGAGGCAUUAGUAUACAACUUAUGGGGAAUGACGGAACUUGCCUCCUUUGGUAUCGGCUGCAUUGUUACACAGGACUGGAAAAGCCUUUGUAUUGGAAAAGUCUUGCCCUUCUUCGAAGUUAAGGUAGUGGACCUAAGUAGCGGGCAGCUCUUGGGGACUGAUGAGCCUGGAGAAAUAUGUGUGCGGAGCCCCACCACAAUGAUCGGCUACGCUAACAACUCGGCUGCUACCUCCUCCAUGAUAGAUGCCGAAGGUUGGGUUCACACGGGUGAUUACGGCUAUUACGACAGCCAGGGCUUGAUCUACUUGACUGACAGAAUUAAAGACCUCAUCAAGGCUACGUCAUCUUUCCAGGUACAGCCGUCUGAACUGGAGGAUUUGCUGCUACAACACCCACAUGUGGCUGAAGCUGUGGUGAUUGGCGUGUGUCAGGAUGACUUUGAGGAGAUGACGCGGGCAUUCGUGGUGCUGGAGCCUGAAGCUCCCGUCCAACCUGAGGUCCUCCAGCGGUUUGUCAAUGAUCGCGUUCCUGACUUCAAGCAGCUGACCGGCGGGGUGUGGGUGGUGGAGGAGAUCCCCAAAGACAGCUUUGGCAAACCUCUGAAGCGACAACUCAAGGCUGGUCAAGUUACACAACUGGCAUCCUGCUGAUGAUUACUACGCAAUACCUUUGCUUUCGUGGAACUAAGAGUGAGGGUACGUGGGUGUUGCCAAUUUCAAUGAAAAAAUAUUUUGUCUGUGUUUAUCAGUGUCCACUUUCUUACCUAUUGAGUUUGUUCUUAAAAAAAAAAAAAAAAAAAAAACUUCAUUUAUUUCAACUUUUAAAUUAUUUGCGUCUAACUACAACAUAAACAUAUUUUCAAAUCUGUUCACAAUCUUAUCAAUAUAGGUUCUACAAAGUUCAUUAUCCACGUAAUUCCAUAGUUUAGAUAGUACUUAAGAUAGUUAAUAGCAGUACAUUAUAUAAAUAUAUACAUAGCAAUAUGAGUAAUUAAUACACUAAUAUAUUGAACAUCUUUAUAUUAGCCAGCUGAAUUGCACCCUUACUUUAAUCCCCACACUUACUUUUACAAUCGUUUGUGUAAAUGUUGAAAAGAACAGGUGACAACACACAUCCCUGGGGAGCUCCUGUGCUUGUAACUAUGAUGUCAAAAUUGAUGUUAGAUAUGCUGACAAACUGUUCACAAUUUAAGAGGUAGUCUAGUAUCGACAAUAUGAGAUUACUAUUAACAUUCACGGUUAACAAUUUGUCAAUUAGUAGGUGAGAUUUAAUGGUGUUGAAAGCGAUAAUGAAUUACACGAAUGUAAGAAUGAAGUUUUUCAAGCUAGCUCGUUAUUUCGUGACAGCAUUUGUACACUUCUCCCAGAUGAAUAAACUGGUGUGGAUCA